AGUAACAGCUAGCGACUUUCUAACUUCAAGAUGACUGAACUGUUGCUUUUUCGGAGAUGUUGUACACUGUGAUCGAGACAAAUGACCUGUUAAUUACGAUAACAAUGAGUGUUUGUUCAGGUUUUAGACAUCUUAUUUUGUUGUUCAUCAACCUCUGUGAAUGACAAGUUCGUAAUUGAAGUCUGUCACACUUAAUUUGGGUCGCGAGCUCGAGGACUUUUACUCCUGUUAGUUCUAGAUCACUAACGCGCGCUAGCUAGCUAAACUAUUUAUUUGCUGGCUAAAGGAAUAAGCUAAUGUUGGAGGUCUUAUUACAAGGUUUAUCAUGUCAAAAGGAGAUGGAGAAGACUUCGUUGUUAAGUUUGUAGACGUCAAUGGACGAAAGACGGACCUUGCUGUCAAGGCCUAUGAGGCCAUCAUGGAGCUCCAGUCAGAGAAGCACUUGAAGACCAUUGAUGAGGAGGCGGCGUUACAGCUGGACCAUAAUGACAAGUCUCUGUUCGUCUUCAGUAACUUCUCCACCCCAGCCUUCCACCACUGUAAAAAGCUGGGCUGUCGAGUGGUGAGUCCACUAGUGGUGCACUUCUGCCUGCAGCACCAGCGCUGUGUGCCCAAAGCAGAGCAACCCGUCUACAACAUGGCCAUGGCUGAUAUCACUAUCUCCUGCACCAGUCUGGACAAGGAGGCUAGGGCUGAUGUGAUGGAUCUGGUGCAGCUGAUGGGAGGGAUGGUCUACCGGGACCUCAACGUGUCCGUCACUCACCUGGUCGCCGGGGAGGUCGGCAGCAAGAAGUACCUGGUGGCCGCCAGCCUGGGGAAGCCCAUCGUACUGCCCACCUGGGUCAAAACCUGCUGGGAGAAAUCACAGGACAGCCUGUUCAGACACACUGACCUGCCCAUAGAGGACUAUGUGUGCCCUGUGCUCCGCGGCUGCACCGUCUGUGUCACAGGCCUCUCCACAGUGGAGCGUAAGGAGGUACAGAGGCUCUGCCAGCAGCACGGUGCCAGCUACACAGGACAGCUCAAGAUGAACGAGUGCACCCACCUCAUUGUCAGCAAACCCUCUGGUCAAAAGUACGAGUAUGCACAGAAGUGGAAUGUCUUCUGUGUAUCUCUGCACUGGCUGUUUGACAGCAUCGAGAAGGGCUUCUGCCAGGACGAGAGCCACUACACCUCCACCCCCACCGCCACCAGCAAGAAGAAAGAGGAGUUUCUGUUGGGGUUGAGUCACAUUUCUGUGAACACCAGCAUGACAGUGGAUGACACGGCGAUGACCAAUGCCACGGUCAGCCGUCUGGACACUCCAGAUCCCAUUGAUGCUCUGGACAUCACAGUUUGCCCCACAGACGACCUGCUGGACGGCUGCAAGCUGUACCUGUGUGGGCUGCCAGGGAAGCGGCUGGAGAAGCUGCGUCGGCUGAUCAACAUAGCCGGGGGCCUGCGCUUAAAUCAGCCCAGCAAGGACCUCACCCACGUGGUCAUGGGAGACCAAGACGAAGACACCAAAACCUUCCUGGCCAAAGCCACACACAGGCCUCAUGUGGUGACUGUGCAGUGGCUGCUGGACAGCUUCUCCAGAGGCAGCCUGCUCCCCGAGGGGGACUACCAUCACCUGGCCUGUCUGCCUCCCGCCCCUGCAGCUAUGGCCAUGCCUGCCCCCCGCACCUCCGCCUCCCACCCCUCUUCCACCUCCUCAGCCGCCCCCCCUGCUACCCCCCGACACAAGAAGGCCGAGGAGGACAUGCUAUCUCAGUACAUGGAUGAUGACCAGAGAGUGGUGGAGAUGCCUCCUCCAGCUGACAGUAACAGCCACAGAAGGCAGAGUGCUGCAGCGCCAGAGCCUUGGUUCUCAGCCCCAGACCAGUCUAAUACUGCAGACGGGGAUGGGGCCGGUGCUGACACCACCCUGCAGGAGGCCAGCAAGGCGGGCCUGUUUGCGGGAAAACGCUUCCUCCUGUUGGGCUUCGGGGCUGAGGUGGAGGCCCAGCAUUCCAUGCUGGUGACGGAGAACUGUGGGAAGGUGCUGGUGGGGCACACGCGGGUGGUGGUUGACUACACUGUGGUGCCCCUGUUUGGCUGUGAGGUAGAGGCCACUGUGGAUGAGGUGGUCACUGAUACCUGGCUGGCAAUGUGUGUGGAGCAGCAGUGUAUGUUAGAGCUGGGCUCCCACGCCCUUUUCAGCCCUGUGCCAGUGAUAGAGGGCUGCUCCCCGCUCAGAGACUGUGUCCUCUCAGUCAGCCAGUUUACUGGGGCAGAGAGGGAGUCCCUGGUAGAGCUAGCCAAACACCUGGGAGCCAGUGUCCAGGACUACUUUGUGCGCAUGGUCAACCAAAGGAACGGCAUGCUGGCCAGUACCCACCUAGUGCUGCAGAGCCCCGAGGGCACCAAGUACCAGGCGGCCCAGAAGUGGGGGCUGCCUGCCGUCACCCUGCGCUGGGUGCUGGAGUCUGCCAGGACGGGCCGGAGGGCAGAGGAGGGGCACUUCCUGGUGGACUUGCCUCCUUCUCCAGAGAGAGAAGAGGAGAGUUUUGUGGGGGGCCCCCAGAAGCAUUCCAUGCUCCCCCCCCUGUCCCGUAUCAAGUCCCCAGAGAUCCCCUUGCUGGGCCCCCAGAGGGGGGCAGCAGUCACCCCCCUGGACAUGGGCCGCUUCCAGAGUAAGGUGUUCCGCUCCGUGCUGGAACAAGGCCUGCCAGAGAAGGACUGUACCACCCUGAGAGGCCAGGAGGGGGGCAGGAAAGCAGGGGGGCAGAAAGACUCCCCGGCGCUGCAGUUGGACACUCCCUCCCGCUUCCUUUGCCGAGACCAGCUCUUCAGACCCACCUUCAACGUCAAGGAUGCGUUAGCGGCGUUGGACACGCCAGGGGGCAGGACUCAGCAGGGUCAGGCCACGACCCCGCUGUCAGAGGUCAUCAGGAGGAACCUGAAGGUGGCCCUGGCCAACAGCACCCACAGCCACACCCCUGACCUCCAGGCUCUCACAGCUAGCCCCCAGCUUAGCAAGGAGACACACAGAGAGGUGGAGGAGCAGGAGGCUGCUCCCCUGGCUGGCAUGAUGAUCUGCGUAAGUAAGAAACUGAGCAAGAAGCAGGGAGAGCUCAAUGCCAUCGCUGCCUCACUAGGAGCUGACUUCAGGUGGUCGUGUGACGACACGGUGACUCACUACAUCUAUCAGGGUCGUGUGGGGGACAACACGCGGGAGUACAGGGCUGUGAAGGAGAGAGGGGUGCAUGUGGUGUCCCAGCACUGGCUGCAGGCGUGUGCUGAGGUUCAGAGGCACGUGUCUGAGUCUCUCUACCCGUUCACCUACAACCCCAAAAUGAGCCUGAACCUCAGCCAGGUGCCUCCUGACAGUAGCCAGAGGUCUCCCCCUGCCACCCGUACCUCACAACUUGGAGACCUCACUGAGGCCCAAAAGAACAAGCCUGAAGACAAUGCAGUGGAAGACGCCACUAUUUCCCACCGCAUCAGUGAAGGAGAGACUGACACAGAGCAGGGCCAGGACAAUGCAGAGAGAGACCUGUCUGAAACCCUGGAGAUGAGGGAGAAACUCCAGAGGCAACUGCAGGAGAUCAUGUCAGCCACCAAGAUGACUACUGGCCGGCUCUCCUCGGCCCGCCUCACCCGCCAGUGCUCCGGGGAGUCCGACUCUCAACCCCAUACCCCCGACAGGCAGGCCCGCAUGGGCCGCAACGCAACCGGCCGACACACCCUGGAGGCACUGAGGAUGUCUCGUCAGGCAGCCGUGGACCUGAACACAGAGCCGUCUCAGAGUGAGCAGAUCGUGUGGGACGAUCCCACAGCCCGGGAGGAGAGAGCCAAGCUGGCUGACAACCUGCAGUGGCCCAUCAGCUCCUCCCAGCACUCUGAACCCCUAGCUGUACCCCUCUCCCACUCUGACCACGCCGGACACACCCUCAGGGACUCCAUGACCGACUCUGAGCUGGUGGAAAUGGCGGUGUGUGAUGUCACUGACCAGCAGAUGGGUCAGAGAGUGAUGACCCUGCUAGUGGAGAAGCCAGAGCCUGACCUCCUCACCCCUAUAUCCCCUAGCAUCGCCUUCCCUCUCGCCAACUCUCCCGUGCCCCCAGAGCCACAGACUGAAGAGGAGAGUGUGGCGGAGAAGAAGCCUCCUCGAUUCCAGCUGUCCUCCCUUAUCCCCCAGGAGAGGAUAGACUACACCGCCCUCAUAGACGAGCUGGGUGGUGUGGUGCUGGACAAGCAGUGCUUUGACCCCAGCUGCUCCCACAUCAUUGUGGGGACCCCUCUGAGGAAUGAGAAGUACCUGGCAGCCAUGGCCGCGGGGAAGUGGAUCCUGCACCGCUCCUACCUGGAGGCCUGUCGCUCCGUGGGACACUUCAUCCAGGAGGAUGAGUAUGAGUGGGGCAGUAGCUCCAUCCUGGAUGUGCUACCGUCCAUCAGCUCCCAGCAGAAGAGGCUGGCGUUGGCCGCCAUGCGCUGGAGGAGGAACCUGCAGGACCGCAAUGACCAGGAGGGAUCGUUCAGCGGUUGGACCGUCAUGCUGAACAUCGACCAGACCAGAGAGUCAGGGUUCAGACGACUCCUGCAGUCUGGUGGAGCAAAGGUUCUCCCCAGGCCCUCUCCAUCUCUGUACAAGGAAACCACCCACCUGUUUGCAGAGUUCAGUCGGUUGAAGCCAGGAGACUUCCGGGUGGACGUGCCAGAGGCCAUGUCCCAGGGGGUCAAAUGCCUAAAGCCAGAGUUCAUUGCAGACUACCUCAUCCAGGAGCCUAUUCCACCAAUAGAGAUGUACUAUCUGCCUGAAGCUGCCCAAUGUCUGCCAGCGGGCACAGAUGCCAGCCGCGCCACACCCUCCCACAAGCGCAAAGCAUCAGGAGAUUCCUCAAAGUUGAAGAAGACUCGCCUCAAGUAAAAACAUUGUCAUUUAGAGCUUUGGUGUCAACUAGUAAAUUCCAUCAUUUUAGAAAUGCCCCUGCAAGCCAUUAUGAUAUGUCUGUAAAUAAAUAAAAAUGUUAGUUGUAUGAAAAUAAAAUGUAUU